GUGGCAGCUCACACACUCUAGCCCUCGCUAUGGAUUGUAUGUAUUUAUUGAUGUGCUUUUCACUCAGUCAAGUAUUUUUGGAGCAUAUUUUCGCUGCAGAAACACAUGAAAAACUCUCUGGAAAGUUAAGUGAAUAUGGUCUUAUCGUGCCAUUCAGCACAGACUCCCAUGGCCGGUACAUUUCUCACGUGGUCUCUGCUGGAAGUGGAAGUAAAGGUGGUGGUGGCGGUGGUGGUGGUGGUGCUGCUGCUGCUGCUGCUGCUGAUGCCGCUUCAGACUUUGGCAGCAAAAGAAGGGUGGCCCGCGGUGCCCCCCAGAUGCCCUCGGUCACCUCCUCCGCGGCUCAGCACUUGUUUUUCAAUGUCACUGUGUUUGGAAAAGAACUGCACCUCCGCCUGAGGGCCAACAGGAGGCUGGUGGCCCCGGGGGCUUUUGUGGAAUGGCAGGAGGACUUUGAGGAGAAGGCCAAGGAACGUAUCCACGGGUACUGUGUUUUCACUGGGGAUGUGAGUGACAUGCCGGAGGCCUCAGUGGCUAUCAGCAAUUGUGACGGACUGGCAGGUCUGAUCCGGACUGAUAAUGGGGAGUUUUUCAUCGAGCCCCUCGAGAAGGGCCAACAGGAUGUGGAAGUGAAGGGGCGUGUCCAUGUGGUCUACCGCAGGUCGGCCAUCAAGCGGGAGACGGGCCAGCAGAGGGAGGACCUUCACAAUGAAGUGGCAGACUUCGGCAUCGCAGAUCUCCCGGCAGCUCUGGAUCUUGUCGAACAUAAACUGUCCGAAUCUGAGCGCAAGAGGAGGCAUGCGAAGAAAGACGACUACAACAUUGAAGUGCUGCUGGCUGUGGACGACUCUGUGGUGCGCUUCCAUGGCAAGGAGCAUGUGCAGAAUUACGUUCUCACACUCAUGAACAUAGUUGAUGAAAUCUACCAUGAUGAAUCUUUGGGAACCAACAUCAACAUUGUCCUUGUCCGCAUGAUAAUGGUCGGGUACCGACAGUCUAUAAGCCUGAUCGAGCGUGGCAACCCAUCCCGCAGCCUGGAGCAGGUGUGUCGAUGGGCCAACACGCAGCAGCGCCGCGACCCUGACCACGCCGAGUACCACGACCACGCCAUCUUCCUCACAAGGCAAGAUUUUGGUCCCGCAGGUAUGCAAGGUUAUGCUCCAGUGACAGGGAUGUGCCACCCACUGAGAAGCUGCACUCUGAACCACGAGGACGGUUUCUCGUCCGCCUUUGUGGUUGCUCACGAAACCGGCCAUGUGCUCGGUAUGGAGCAUGACGGCCAGGGAAAUCGCUGUGCUGAUGAGACCAGUAUGGGGAGCAUCAUGGCACCACUUGUCCAGGCAGCUUUCCACCGCUAUCACUGGUCACGUUGCAGCAAGCAGGAGCUCAAUCGAUACAUCCAUUCCUAUGACUGCCUGCUGGAUGAUCCCUUUGAACACAAGUGGCCCAAGCUCCCCGAGCUCCCUGGAAUAAAUUAUUCAAUGGACGAGCAGUGCCGCUUUGACUUUGGCGUUGGUUAUAAAAUGUGCACUGCUUUUCGAACCUACGACCCUUGCAAGCAACUGUGGUGCAGUCACCCUGACAACCAGUACUUUUGUAAAACUAAAAAAGGACCUCCAGUGGAUGGAACAGAGUGUGCACCAGGAAAGUGGUGUUUCAAGGGCCAUUGCAUCUGGAGAUCCAGCCAGCAGCCUCAGGGCCACGAUGGGAGUUGGGGUUCUUGGUCAAAGUUCGGCUCUUGCUCCAGAACUUGUGGGGGUGGUAUUCGCUCCCGCAGCAGACAGUGCAACAACCCUCCGCCUGCCUAUGGUGGCCGAGAUUGCCCCGGCUCUGCUUUUGACUACCAGAUGUGCAACACUGAGGAGUGUGCUGGCCCUUACGAGGACUUCCGUGCUCAGCAAUGCAUCCAGAGGAGCAACAAAUACCACAAAAACAUCAAGCACACCUGGCUACCAUAUGAACACCCAGAUGAGGGCCGUAAGUGUGAGCUGAGCUGUAAGUCAAAGGAAUCGGGUGAGGUGGUGUUCAUGAACCAGGUGAUGCAUGAUGGGACACGCUGCAGCUACUCAGACCCCUUCAGCGUGUGCGCCCGAGGAGAGUGUCUGCACGUUGGCUGCGACAAGGAGGUCGGCUCCUACAAACAAGAGGACAAAUGUGGAGUGUGUGAGGGGGACAACUCACACUGUCGCACUGUGAAGCUGACACUCACCAAGACGCCAAAAAAGAAUGGAAUGCUGAAAAUGUUCGACAUCCCAAUAGGAGCACGCCACAUCGUCAUCGAAGAGAACGAGACCUCUCCUCAUAUAAUUGCUGUGAAGAAUCAAGUUACUGGAAACUUCAUACUGAAUGCAAAAAGUGAAGAUGCUGAAUCAAAGACCUUCAUCGAAAAUGGUUUACAAUGGGAGUAUUCCAUUGAUGGUGAGAAGGAGACCCUGAAAACAACUGGUCCUCUGCAUGAAGGCAUUGUAGUUCUGGUCAUUCCCCAGGAGGAUGACACAAAAAUCAGCUUGACAUAUAAGUACAUCAUACAUGAGGAUCUGUUACCACUUAUUACCAACAACAAUGUACUUCUGGCUGAACUGGACACCUAUGAGUGGGCCUUGAAGAGCUGGUCUCAGUGCUCCAAACCUUGUGGGGGAGGCAUACAGUACACAAAAUAUGGGUGCAGGAGAAAGAGUGAUAGCCGUUUGGUGCAUCGUAACUUUUGUGAAACCAGCAAAAAGCCCAAACCCAUCCGCAAACGCUGCAAUGUGCAAGAGUGCAGCCAGCCCGCGUGGGUGGUGGAAGAGUGGACUCCAUGCAGUAAGACCUGCGGGAAGCUCGGCUACCAGACCAGGGUGGUGCAGUGCAUGCAGGCGCUCCACAAUGGCACCAACAGGCCCGUCCACAGCAAACACUGUACAGAGGAUCGUCCAGAGACAAGGAGAGCCUGUAACCACACCAUAUGCCCUGCCCAGUGGAGGACAGGGGCUUGGUCUCAGUGCUCGGUGACCUGUGGCGAAGGAAUCCAACAAAGGCAGGUGGUUUGCAAGGCCAGCGACAACACCAUUGGAGAAUGUGAGGGCGAGAAGCCGGAAACAGUGCUCAUUUGCAAACUAAGUCCUUGUCCAGGACAGCCAGUGUCUUCUCUCACUGUUGAAACAAUGGGAAUGGGAAACUCCACAAUAAAAGAUGAAACUAUACACCAGAGGGUUCCGGAAAACCCUGUCCACAAAAUCUCUUCGAAUGAGCCAUGUCUGGGGGAUAAAUCGAUUUUCUGUCAAAUGGAGGUUCUUGCACGUUAUUGUUCCAUCCCUGGAUAUAAUAAACUUUGUUGUGAGUCUUGCAACAAGAAAGAAAACCUUGCCACUCAUGCUCCUGACCUCCAAAACACCUCAGUGGCCUCAGUAGAACCUUUUCAACCUUCAUCACCCAAGGCUCCUCUACCUGCUACGACCCAGAGCCCACCCCAAACCACUAAAGCCAUCAUCAGACGGCUAUGGUCCACUGCCCCAGUGCCAACCAACGCAACCGCUGCUGAAGCUUCACCAUCUACAGGUGCUGCUCUGCCCCAGGUUCCCACCAGCAACUCCUUCCUCACAGCUGGGAAGGGAGACUCAGACCCGGGGCCUCUUCUACCUCCAGGGCCGCCACGGCCCACAGCAGACUCCAGUGGAGGUGCCACUAAGGAGCACAGUCCAAACAGCACUUUAGGCCCAGUCGCUGCCAGGUCAAGAAGGGACGAUUUAGGAUCCGAGAGGGACUCGACUCACAGAACCCUGUCAGAUCAGAAUUAACGAACAGUGAGCGAUGUUGUGAAGGUGCUGCUCAGUGAGACGGUCUCAUACAUCAACUCACCCUUUGCAGCAUCUGAUAGACUUGCAGUUUUGCUGCAGAUAUUUUCUUUUUUUAAGAUUUUUUUUCCAUGCCAGUGAACUGACCAGCGAUGGUUACCUCAUCAAAUCUCCAGAGCGAUCUGCACACUGCGUCACUCUGCCCUCUGUGCUUCAAAUAUGAAACAGAAGAAAAACAAGUUGUCAAAACGAAGGUGCUGUAAACUAAAACGACUACAAGACGUGUUCAAAAUGUGAUGACUGCAUUGCUACAUUCAUGUUUUUAUCUGUGUACAGUUGUGUAAGCCUGUUUUUUCAAGUGCAUUAGAACUACUAUUGAACUGGUAUUGUGAACAUGAGGAGAGGUCAAAGGCCACGGUUUUGGAGGUGCGUGUGUCUGCUGCGGAGUCUUGAGUGUGCCACCAGAAUAUUUAUAGACCAAUCAAUUCAUAAAUUGCUAAAUUUUAAAAACAAUUAUAUCUUUACUAAUUGAAAUGAUGCAUUAAAAGUCUGUUCUAGAUAAAAAAAAUCUUUAUUAUCUGUAUUCUGUUUUUUAAAUAACGUAUUAAUGAAUUGAUCGAAUAGUAAAAAGGAAACUGCAAAAAUUAUUUUGAAAAAGAUUUUUAAAUUUUUAUAUUUUAUCUUUAGAUUCACUAAUGUUUCUGCCUAUGAUAUUUCAUUGUGCUGCUCACUACUACAGGUUCCAUUUCACGAUCGCUCUAAUUUAAAAAUGGCUCUCACAUUUUAGGAUGCAAGCAGUGUGAUGCCUAAGAUUUAUUUGAGGUCUAACCUUCAGAGGACUAACUGGAGUGCUGACUGGCCAGCUGUUGAUUUCUGACUGACAAGGCUUCAUCCACUUAAUCUUAUUUUAGCUGAAGGUGGCAGCACCAAGCAUUAUACAGCUGACCAAUCAGAGCGCCUGUUACUCUAGUAAACUUUAAAAGCACAGACACAGCAAGCGGUUUAAAGCUGUCUUCUUCUAGGAUAUUGCGAUGGUCAUUUUUCAGAGGUUUCUUCUUUUUUUUAGACCAAGCGAGUAAUAAAAUAAUUGAAAAAUUAGGCUAUACUGAAAAUAAUUUUUGCACCCCUAGUUAAAACAAGAAUUUGUGGUUUUGGCACUAGUUAAGCUGCUUUAACCAUUUUGUGGCAAAUAACAGUUGGGCAUAGUGACUUCCCAGACUUGUCUUGUUGCCAACCAGCUGAAACGCUGCACACAAGUGCUAGGCGAAUGGGUCAACCACAGCUCGUUGUUUUUUACAUUUUUAUCUUUUCCCUCUGCUUCCAGUCUUCAUGUUAAGCUAAGCUAGCCGGCUGCUAGCGCUAGCUUCAGCCUUAACAGACAUGAGAGUGGUAUCGAUCUUGUCAUCUAACUCUCAGGAAGAAAGUGAGUGACCGUAUUUUGCAAAUGUAAUGAAUAUCAUAAUCAUUUUUUUUUUAAUGUAACAUUUAAAUGAUAAUUUAAUUAAUGAAUUUAUAAUAGCUUUUAAAUAACUGAUCAGUUUUUAAACUGAUUAUGAUAAAACACUUUUUAAGUCUAUAAUUAUUCCAUUGGCACACUCCAGGCUUCACAGUCAUCACUCCUGGCAGGGAGCUUCAUUGCCUCCCUGUCCCUGGUGCUCUUUUUUGUUGUCCACAUCCAACGUACUGGUGAUUUUCCUCACUGAUAAGCAGUGAGCAAAAUCCCCUCUGUAGCAUGCCCUCUCUCUGCCUUUGUGGAAGUCAGUUACUUACGCUUUAAAAACAAAAAGAUUUCAGAAAAAACACAUUAUGAUAUUUUUUGUAACUGAUAUAUUUUUCAGAUAAUAAUGUAUAUAGUGUAAAUUUCAAGUUAUGAAAAGUCGUGUUUUGCAAUUGGAAAAUACAG